GGUGCCUUCAGUUCAUUCUCAGUAUAAGGGGGCAGUUCCCUGAGUGAGAAAGCUAACUGAGAGUGGAAUUUUUGUGCUUGAUUUUUUGGUGUGUGCCGUCAUUCACUGGCUGGAUGGCGUGGAACAGGUGUAACCAGGACUCUGCAUGGAGUGAAAUAGAGUGUGCCGCUCUGGUUGGUGAAGACCAGCCUCUCUGCUCAGACCUCCCAGAGCUUGACCUUUCUGAACUAGACGUCAGUGACCUGGAUGCAGAUAGCUUUCUGGGUGGACUAAAGUGGUACAGUGACCAAUCAGAAAUCGUUUCCAAUCAAUAUGGCAAUGAAUCAUCUAACUUGUUUGAGAAGAUAGAUGAGGAAAAUGAGGCCAACUUGCUGGCAGCUCUUACUGAAACCCUGGACAGUAUCCCAGUGGAUGAGGACGGAUUGCCUUCAUUCGAAGCGCUGGCAGAUGGGGACGUGACCAAUGCCAGCGAUCCCAGCCACACAUUGACACCCGAUGGCACCCCUCCAACCCCAGAGGCAGAAGAGCCGUCUCUAUUGAAGAAGCUCCUGCUGGCACCAGCUAACUCCCAGCUCAGUUAUAAUCAAUACGCAGGUGGCAACGCACAAAAUCAUGCACCUAAUAAUCAUAGAAUCAGACCAACCCCUGCUGUUGUCAAGACGGAAAAUGCUUGGAACAGCAAGGCGAGGGCAGGCUGCCAACAGCAGCAGCAGGAAAAGCGGGUGAGACGCCCAUGCACAGAGCUACUCAAGUACCUGACCGCCAGUGACGAGCCUGUACACACCAAACCUAGCGAACAGAAAAGCAUCAGCAGUAAGGACAAAAGCAGCGCUUCCUCUUCUGCUUCUUCCUCCUCCUCCUCUUCCUCCUCCUCCUCCUCCUCCUCCUCAACCUCCACCAAAAAGAAGCUGCAGCUGCAGUCUCAGCAGCAGUCGCAUCACCAGCAAGCCAAACCAACCACCUUGCCACUUCCUUUGACCCCAGACUCUCCAAAUGACCACAAAGGAUCUCCGUUUGAGAAUAAAACCAUUGAACGCACAUUGAGUGUUGAGCUUUCUGGAACAGCAGGUUUGACACCUCCCACCACUCCACCUCACAAAGUCAGCCAAGAUAAUCCUUUCAAGCCUUCAAUGAAGCCCAAGUCAUCACCAUGCAGCUCUUCAGCCCCCCCAUGCAAAAUGCUACGCUACAGUGAUUCUUCCACCUGUCCCCUGGCAAUCAGCCCAGUAAAAAAGGGUCCAAAACAAACAGAACUGUACGCCCAGCUUAGCAAGGCAUCCGCAUUGCCUGGAGGACAGGAAGAGCGAAAGGGGAAACGUACCACCACGCGUUUAUUUGGUGAUCAUGACUACUGCCAGUCCUUAAGCACAAAAGGGGGCGUUUCCCUUAAUCGGUCACAGGAACCUCAGGAUGACAGGCAUCAGGAAUGUAGAGACUCCCCAUCCCCUGCUGCGCAACAGCGGAGUCAUUUCUUGCCUGAACAGGACCAGCGGAACAGUAGGGAAGGGAGGCAACAACAACAGCAGCAUCAUGAAGGGAAGCAGGCUGACAACAGCCACUCGAACAGCAGGAAACCGCUUCGAGAUCAAGAAAUCCGGGCGGAACUUAACAAGCACUUUGGUCACCCCAAGCAAGCCAUUUACAAUGAGGAGGUGGAAAAGGCUGUCAGCCGCCAGGCAGAGAGGGACCCUGGAGAUGAGUAUUAUUGUAAACUGUCUGGGUACGUCUGCCCAGGCCUCCCCUUGGAAGGGAUUUUCGACGACAGUGAAGAUGAGAGUGACAAGUUCCUGUACACCUGGGACGGGACCCAUUCGGACCUCUUGUUUGUAGGCUCUCCUUCCUGCUCCCCUUCCAGCUGCUCCCCUUCACAGGGCUCAGUUUCUCCGCCCAAAUCCCUCUUCUCCUCACAGCGUUUUCACUGGCCCAGGUCAACUUCCCGUUCCUGGUCUAGGUCUAGGUCCCACCGGCGACGGUCCUUCUCCCGAUCUCCGUACUCCCGUUCAAAAUCGAGGUCUCCAUACAGCAGGUCCUCAUCACGGUCUCGCCACAACAACGAUUCAAGCCACAGUAGAUCCAGAUCCCACAAAAGUCCACAUUCACAUUCAAGAUCCCGAUCUAGGUCCCCCUACAACCGGAGACCCAGGUAUGACAGCUACGAGGAAUACCAGCACGAGAGGCUAAAGAGGGAGGAAUAUAGACGGGAUUAUGAAAAACGGGAAUACGAAAGAGCGAAACAGAGAGAGAGACAGAGGCAAAAAGCAAUUGAAGAGCGCCGUGUUGUGUACGUGGGCAGACUCAGGUCUGACAUAACCCGGACGGAGCUGAAGCGCCGCUUUGAAGUUUUUGGCGAAAUCGAAGAGUGUACAGUAAAUCUGAGAGAUGACGGGGACAAUUUUGGUUUCAUCACCUACCGCUAUACUUGUGAUGCCUUCGCUGCCCUUGAAAAUGGACACACCUUACGCAGGUCAAAUGAACCUCAGUUUGAGUUGUGCUUUGGGGGACGCAAGCAGUUCUGCAAAUCAAAUUAUACAGACUUAGAUUCCCAUUCUGAUGACUUUGACCCAGCUUCCACUAAAAGCAAGUAUGACUCCUUGGAUUUUGACAGCUUGCUGAAGGAAGCACAGCGUAGCCUGCGUAGGUAACAAGCACCUAACAUGCCAUUGACAGAGGGAUUCGUAAUGCCUCAUGGAGGCUCUGUAAUUCAACAAUGAGACACUAUCAGAAGUCUGACACUAUGUGUGGAAAAAAUAAAUAAAUAAAGAAAUAAAUAAAGUUUACAUGAACAUAGCUAUUGAAGAACCGAGAAGAAAGUAUCGAACCAACAAACCUUCCUAUCUGAAUAGAGAUCACAGUGCUUUGGAACAUGAAAGAUGUGGACUGAAGACCUUCCAUGUUCUACAAACAAACAGCUUUUUUGACUGGUGAAAAUGUGCAGCUUUUCGGGUUUUUUUUUUUUUUUGUUUUGUUUUUCCUGAUGUUUGGAUGUGUUGGAUGUGGUGUUACAUUAUUAAUAAGAGUUGGGAAUACAUAACUGGGGUGUUUCAGAUAUCUGUAUUGACUACAUUGUGCAAAAGUGUAGAUACAUAUUUACAGAUGUUAAUUGGAUUUUUUUUUAUUUUGUGUGCAUAUCUGACAAAGUUCUUUAUUUGUUACAGCUAUGCACUGUAAAAUGCAGCCUUCUUUUCAAUGAUGCUGUCAUUUUCUUAAUCAAGAAUGUUCAACUGUAGUUAUUAUGAUGAUAAUGAUGACGAUGGUGACCUGAGACACUUAUUCUACCCAAACAUGUUUAGAGAAAUACAGAUGUUCUGAUAUGAUUGUAUAAAUAUGCGUGUGUGGAUCUGGGGAGCACAUGAACUUCUUAUUUUAUUUCAUAUGUGAAGGCUGUUGUUACCAAUAUCUGCUGGAGUUUAUGUACGUGUUUUCUCUGUUGCAUAGUCAAUAUGUUUCACCACUUAUUGUAAAAUACAUUUAUUUUUAUCUAUGAGUUUUUUUUCCAUGAUUUGUAUGUGAAGCUUCAAGAGGUUAAAAAGUAAAAUGUUUUUAUUUUAUUAUUGUAUACCUUAAUUCAGCUUUUUCUGAAUC